GCACUGCCGGAUAGUUUGUUCAGUCGAAUGUGUACAUCGUCUGAGUGUUGUAGUUAUAAUGCAAUAAAUUAAGAAUAAGAUGUUUUCGUUUCUCGAUAAUAGCCAUUUCUUGAUACAAACAUGUUUAGUAAACUUCGGAUUUAGCUAGCGUUAGCUGCGCUAGCCCUGACGGACGGGAGCUGCGGCGUUAGCGAUGUUACUUCGCGGUUUUGUUUAAGAAUACUUAACUAUCCAUAUUAAUGUUUUUAAUUAGAUAUGUAGCGAUAGUUUCACGGGAGGAGACAUUUUAUGUGUCGUUUUUUGGUCAUUAUUUGCAGCCCUCCCUCGGGAAUUCGAGCCCAGGAGGUUCAGCAGGUUCCGAUGACCAUGAUUUUGACCCAUCAGCAGACAUGCUUGUCCAUGACUUUGAUGAUGAGCGCACCCUGGAGGAAGAGGAAAUGUUGGAGGCAGCAGACGAGACCAAUACCAAUGAGAUUGAAGAUCUUGCACGGGAGAGAGAAAUGCCCAUUCAUGAGCUGCUGAGUCUGUAUGGUUAUGGGGGUGGAUCGACAGCAGAUGAGGAUGAAGAGGAAGAAGAAGAACCGGAGGAAGAAGAGGAUGAUGAGGAAGAGGAUGAGGAAGAGGACCUUGACAAUGACGAAAGCAGCAGAAGCACUGGCGAGUUGAAAAGAAAUGAGGGUGAGGGUGUUAAGAACUCAUCAGGACAGGGGAAUGAGGCCCAGGCAACCUCUGAGGGCCGCACACGCUCAGUCAGGUCCCUUGGCACAGCAGAACUUAUUCGUCCCCAGAAAUUAAUGUAUUUUGAAAGCAAUAAUGAUGCAGAGGAGGAGUCAGAUGAAGAUGAGGACUAUGUUCCAUCUGAAGACUGGAAAAAGGAGAUUAUGGUGGGUUCCAUGUAUCAGGCAGAAACCCCUGUUGGCCUGUGUAAAUAUAAAGACAAUGAAAAAGUUUAUGAAAAUGACGACCAGUUAUUGUGGAACCCUGAGUGUCUUCCUGAAGGCAAAGUAGUUGAGUUCUUGACAGAGGCGUCGAGGCGAACAGGAGAUGAGAAGGGAGUAGAUGCAAUCCCAGAGGGAUCUCAUAUCAAAGACAAUGAACAGGCAUUGUAUGAACUGGUGAAAUGCGACUUUGACACGGAGGAGGCUUUAAGAAGACUUAGGUUUAAUGUAAAAGCAGCCAGAGAGGAGCUAUCUGUCUGGACUGAAGAGGAAUGUAGAAACUUUGAACAAGGACUAAAAGCUUAUGGAAAAGACUUUCAUUUAAUACAGGCCAAUAAGGUGAGAACUAGGUCUGUAGGAGAAUGUGUGGCCUUUUAUUACAUGUGGAAGAAGUCUGAGCGUUAUGAUUUCUUUGCACAGCAAACCAGACUUGGGAAAAGGAAAUACAACCUUCACCCAGGUGUCACAGACUACAUGGACAGAUUACUGGAUGAGACAGAGAGCGCAACAUCCAGCAGGGCGGCAUCACCCCCUCCCACCACCUCCAGCAGCAGUGCCAGCCACUCUGAGAAGGAGGACAGUAGCAGUCAGAACGGUAUUGCAAGCCACAAUUCGAGCCACCCAGUGGAUGGUGCUCAGUUGCCCCAAGCAAAUCAAGUCAAACCUGAGUCAGCUCAGUCCAACGGUCCCUCCCAUCCCCUAGUGGAAUCUUCUCCCAUUUCAGACAACAACUCCAACGGCUGCAGCCAACCCACUGCACCCAGCCACGACAGGAAUGGUUCUCUGGAGCCUCCGCUGGACCACAGACACACAGCAGCGGUGGCACACGACAGGCCGGCCAAGAGGUGCAGGACGGAGGCAGAGCCUUUGGGCCAAAGUGAGGUAGAACCAUCUAGAACACAAGAGAACUGAAGGAUCCAGAACCUGGUGGUGUUGACUGAUAGACACUGAUUUGGGGUGAAAAAAUUGUCCCUACUUAAGGCUGAAGAGCCCCUCUUGGCCUGCGAGCACAGCAUCUCGUGAGAGCAAAGACUCACUCUUUAAUAAGGUCAAAGGUCACUGAAAAUCACACCGUGAAGAACACAGCCGACCAAACUGCAGCUGGUCCCCCAGGACGGGCAGUGGCUCCCCUGUCUCCCCGUCCCUCCAACCCAUCCAUAUACUGACUGCCUGCAAAGCUCAUCCCAAAGUACCACAGCUCCAUCAUAUCCUACCAAACAUCUUCUUCUCCCAAUCGUCUUUAUUCUCUUUUUGGAGACUGACUGACAAAAUUUUGCCAAGAAUUUCCUUUUUCUAUUUGUACUCAAAGAAAAUGAAUCACCUGUGAUAUUUUUUUACACAAAGAGAUAUUUAUAUUUUUUAACAAAAAAAAUCUAUAAUGGGUUAUUACUGUUCAAGCCAUUUGAACAUAAAUGAAAACGGGGACACGUUUUAAACGAUUAUGUGCUGAAGUUGUCAAAAAGAGGCAAAGUAGGCAAAAACAAGUUGAGUAGGCUGGUGCUGUCGCUGGCUCACUUUAGUUGCACUUUGAUUGUAUGUUUCUCAUCGUUAUUGGUCAGGAGUGGCGACGAAACCCAGCAGAAUUACAUUUCCACUCCUUCACUUCUGAACCGGCUCUGGCCACUAUCACGGCUGUUUGUUAGAUUAUGUUAAUAAUAAACCAAUGGGUUAGUCCCCCUGCAGGUUUGUUUGUGUAAAGCAGCUGACAUCAGUGAUGUCCUGUAUUAUAACUCAUCAUUUAGAAGCUGUAUUUUUGGAUUUUCAGAGUCAGUGCUUUGCUCAACGCUUUGUUUUUACUAGACAGAAUGUCCAUGAUUUUUAAUGUAAAGUUUGUAUAGAUUUCUUAUCUUGAGCAGUUGGUACAUUUUUUAUAACUGUCUGUUCAUCUCUGAAUUUUCCAGUCUUCCUUGUAGGCUUUGCUUUUUGUUGAGAAACCUUUCGCUUAUGUUGCUCUGAGAUGGAUGCAAUGAAAAAAAAAGUAGCCAUUCCUCUUUCCUCUCUGUUUGGCAGCACUUCCCAUUCCUGUGUGACCCUGAUCAGACUGAAAGUGGUUGUUGCAGAGCCUCAUCUUUUGUGCAUAAAAAGCUCCACGUUGUGGUUAAGUGUGCUGCUUGCCUUUGGUUUAAAAAAACUCUUACUGCUUAGUUUCAACCAGUAUUUACUGUCCCUCAACAGUAAGUAGCUUCAGAGCAGUGGAUCUCCAGUGAAACAGACUAGGUUGACAUGGGGGUGUGACCUGGAAUUUGUUUUGGUACAGUAGCUGUUCAGCUUAAUGCUUAAGUGUUUUACUUUGUACUCCAGGUUUGAACUUAAAUUCACAGAUUAAGAUAAGUUUGUCUCAAAUAAUGUUGAUCCAUGUAGUCUUUUUCUUUCCCUUUUUUGACAAAUGUCUUUUUUAUUUUAUUUUAUUUUUUUUGCUCUCUGUAAAUGACGACAUGAAUAAAAAUGAAGUGUAUUCCAAGACUGGCUACAAAUGGAAUAACAUUGGCUAUAUUUAAUAAAUGUAUUAAUGA